AUGGCGGGGCGACAUUGGGAGGCCUCACUGGCCGAGGAGCACCGACCGCUUCUUCUGCCUUGGGCGCAUAGCAUCAACGAGGCUCACGAGGACGAUGCUGGUCCGAUACAACCAAAGCGUCAGCGGCUUGCGUCGAUUGAUCUUCUGCGUGGCGUCAUCAUCAUCAUUAUGGCAUGGGAUCACUGCAAGGAUUUUCUCUCGAAUUGGAACGCUCACGAUGGUGAAUCGCAUGACAGUGGCCCCAUCCUGGGGACGCACAGCGAGAUGUGGUACGGGCCUCUCGAGCUAUACAGCGGCAAGCCGCAGUACUUGUUUGCUCGCUACAUCAGCCACUUUUGCGCCCCAGGCUUUAGCUACCUGAUGGGGACAGGCAUGGUGCUGCUGGCAUCAUCUCGGCGCCGCAAGGCCGGCUGGUCCUCUGGGCGUAUCAUGCGCUACUUCUUGCUGCGUGGCAUCGUGUUAGUGAUUUUGGGCUUUGUGGUGCGCGCCGCCACGGCCAUGUUAGGACUCAUGCAUUCCGCUCGGGUCGAAGCGAGUCUGCAAAGGCCUGUUGGAGCACAUGCCAUGUUUGGGUUUUUCCAGGUGAUGACAUGCCUCGGCUUGCAGAUGAUGGUGUGUGGGCUUCUAAUCGAGCUGUUGCAAACGCUGGAGCGCGCGACAGGCCUGGAUCAGGUUACGUUGCGCGUGGGUUCUUCUCCGUUGCUGAGUUGCAGUCCCAAGUCGCUCGUGCUCUUUGUACUCGGCUGUGUGUGCAUGGCCAGCACCAUGCUCACGAUCCAUCAAGCCCAACACGGAGAUGCGGCCGCUCACCCAAGUCCGCCGGUAGCGCAUUCUUUUCUGGAGAUCAUGAAUCGGGUUUUGUUUGUACCUGGACCCUUCUUCCAGCCCUCGGCGAUCAUGGCAUACCCGCUUGUGCCCUGGCUGGGGGUUUGUCUGUGGGGCGCUGCCGCGGGCUCUGAGUUUACGACGGCCCCGCGCGUGGCACAUCAGCGCGCACUCCUCAAUGGCAUCAUCCUUCUUGCGUGCUUCGUCCUCAUCCGUACGCUCGGUGGACGUCACCUCAACCUACGCGGCUACCCCAUGGGCGAAGGCCACCAGUAUCCCUGGAACGCAUGGUGGACCGUGUGCAAGUAUCCCCCGGAGCUGGCCUACAUUUCCAUCACAAUCGGAGCUGACCUGGUGUUGCUGUUUUUGCUUUCCACGAUUCAAGCCAAAGCCCAGAUCCCUCAAAUCAUUCUCAAGUAUGGACGCUCGCCUCUAGCCUUUUACUUGUCGCACUUUUUUUUCAUUUCGACCUUUUCCAUCAUCAUCUACUAUGCCCGCGGCCGCCAUUUUGGGGUGCCACUGCCUGCGGUCAUCCCGCUCUACCUCUUUGUGGUGUUUCUGGAGUACUUUAUUGUCAAGGCGUAUGACCAGUUCAAGUCCAGUAAAGGCCCGGAUUCACUCUGGCGCUUGCUCUGA